AUGACGCUAAGUAAAAGAUUAUACGAACUAGCUGUUAUUUCAAAUUCUUGUGCAACUAUUGCUGAAGGUUCAGUCAAAGUUAUCCAACGGGAUUUUCGAGAUUUCUGCGAGCAAAACUUUUUUGCAAAAACCAUUCGAGAUCAAUGCGAUGACAAGAAACCCAUGUGGGAAGAAGCCCAUGCUUUAUCACGCUCAGCAAGGCUCAACUCAUCAACCAACUUCAACUCACCAGCAUCAACAUCAACAUCAACAUCAGCACCAUCACCAUUAAGCAGAAACAGCAAUUCUUUUGGUAGCCAACAACAGCAACAACAGCAAAAGAGAGCAUAUUCUACCAAACCAUUUGUGCCAGGACAAGAUGACGUAGAUCUUGAUGAUGUCAUCCCAUCAAAUCCAACUGUUCCACCACAAUCGAACUCACAAUCACAAUUAGCCAACACCAUUGAAUUGGAGAAACCCAAGCUUCGAGAACACCAAAUGCAACAAAGUAAUAUUCCUAGUUCUCGAUUAGCCCGUAUUUUCCACUAUGGUUCUCUUGCCGCAGGUAUUGGUUUCAAUGCUGCCACCGAAGGGAUCAAGCAAUAUGCCUCAGGGAAUACUUCGGCAAUGUCAAUGAAGUCCCUAUUCUUAUCGCCACAGAAUAUUGAGCGCAUGGCCAAGAAGUUUUCCAAAAUGAGAGGCGCAGCUUUGAAAAUCGGUCAAAUGUUGAGUUUCCAAGAUGCCUCUAUCUUGCCAAAAGAAAUUCAACAAAUCUUGUUGCGAGUGCAAAAUUCGGCACAUUAUAUGCCACCUGGACAAUUGGAAAGAGUUAUGGUUAGGGAUCUUGGCCAAAACUGGAGAGAGAGGUUGUUCACUUCAUUUGAUGAUGUACCCAUCGCCGCAGCUUCGAUUGGACAAGUGCAUACUGCGGUAACCGAGGACUUGACACCAGUCGUUGUUAAAGUACAAUACCCCGGUGUGGCCAACUCUAUUGACUCCGACUUGAACAACUUGCUCAUGCUACUUACAGCAUCUACUCUCUUACCAGCAGGUUUGUUUUUGGACAAGACUAUUGCCAAUGCUCGUGUGGAAUUGAAGUGGGAAUGCGACUAUAUUAGAGAAGCACAAAACUUGAUUAGAAUGAGAGAAUUUCUUAAAGAUGACGAAGCAUUUGUCGUUCCACGCGUGUUCCACAACCUCUGUGGCGAGCAUGUUUUGACAAUGGAAAGAAUGAGGGGUACCGAGAUUGUCAAGGGUAAUUGGGACCAAGAGACAAAAGACUGGAUAGCAACAAAUAUUAUGAGAUUAUGCCUUUUGGAAAUCCGCAAAUUCAAGUUUAUGCAAACCGACCCUAACUGGGCCAAUUUCCUUUACAAUGAAAAAUCGCACAAGAUUGAGCUUUUGGACUUUGGUGCCGCUCGUGAUUUUGGCGAUGAUUUCAUUUCCAACUAUGUUAAAGUACUUAGGGCAGCUGUCAAGAAAGAUGCUAAAAGAGUUGAGAAAAUUUCACGCGACUUGGGUUACUUGACAGGCUUGGAAUCACCAGCAAUGACAAAAGCACACGUUGAUUCCAUAAUGUGUCUCGGAGAAGCAUUUUCUCCAAUUGACAAUAACGGAGAACCAUUCAAUUUCAAAAAACAAACAAUCACUGAUAGAGUAAGAGGUAAUAUUGGAUUGAUGUUGAAUGAGAGGUUAUCCCCACCACCAGAAGAGACAUACUCGUUGCAUAGAAAAUUGAGUGGUGUAUUUUUGCUUUGUGCCAGGUUGAAUGCCACUGUUCCAUGCGAAGAUCUCUUUAGAGAAAUCAUUGGAUACGAAGAUGAUUGA